GCGGCAUGAGUUGAGCCGAGUCGUGACUUGAACAUUGUCAUUACCCGGGUAAUGACAAGCAUGAUGUUUACUCUCGGUCCGUUCCUCAUUGCGUCCCAAAGACCGCGAUGACUGUGUUUUAGUUCAGCUUUACUUGACAUAUUUCAAUAAUCGGGAAUUUGUAUGUUUAUGAAUCGUUCUCGAAUCUUCCACGGCUGAAUCGCGAAUAAUCUAAGAAUCGGAAAUUCUGCACACCUGUAGACAUGUUUGACAUGUUUAACUUUCAACUUAAAAAAAAAAAAAGUGUUUUAUUUAUUUGGGGUUUUUUUUCGGAAUCGGAUAGGGACAAAAUCAGGGGACUCAGAAUGCGAUCGGGACAUCCCUAGUCAAUAAACAUAACUGCUGUGAUAAGCUGUGACCAGCCCUUGAACAAAGGGAGAAGGCUUCUAUAUUAACUUUGAAGGCAUCAUGCAUAUUAGCCCAAAAACAUUAUUAAAAAAACGAUUUCAAUAUUAGGCAAGGCAAGGAAAAUUUAUUUAUAUAGCACAAUUCAACACAUGGCAAUUCAAAGUGCUUUACAUUACAUGAAGAUCAUAAAAAUCACAUUAAAAUCAAAAGAACGUAAAAACAAAGACAAUCGAAAUAGGAAAUGAAAUUAUACGUAAAAAUCACAUUUAAUCACGAAUAGAAUUAAAAAAUAGAUAAAUAAAAAAUAAAUAUUACUACUACUACUACAGCUAAUAAUUGAACUCAGCAAUGGAGAUAAGCACAAGAGGAAUAGAAAGCAAAUAGAUUGAAAUAUAUAGACAGUUAUGGAUAUGCAGUGGUAAACAAAAGCAUUUUUAGCCCUGAUUUAAAGGAUCUAACAGUUUGAGCAUACUUCAGACCUUCAGGUAACUUGUUCCAGAGGUGAGGAGCAUAGUAACUAAAUGCUGCAUCACCCUGCAUGGUCCUAGUUCAUGGAACAUACAGGAGACCAGUUCCAGAUGACCUCAGCGGUCUAGAUGUUUCAUAGGAAUCUACCAAAUCAAGCAUGUGUUUUGGUCCAAGGCCAUUAAGUGUUUUAUAGACGAGCAGUAGUAUUUUAUAGUCUAUCCUUUGACUCACUGGAAUCCAGUGUAACGAUUUCAAAACCGGUGUAAUAUGGUCCUUGUAGUUAUGAGGACUCUGGCUGCAGCAUUCUGUACAAGCUGCAGCUUCCUGACUGAUUUUUUAUCAAGACCUGUAAAUAUACCGUUGCAAUAGUCCAAUCUGCUGAAAAUGAAUGCAUGCAUAAGUUUUUCCAUGUCUUGGGGAGUCAGAAGCCCCUUUAUUCUGGCUAUAUUUUUUAGGUGGUAAUAAGAUUUAGUGACGGACUUUGGAUGGCUAUCAAAUUUUAGGUCUGAGUCAUUAUCCAAUAUAAUUUAAAAAUCCUUUUAUCAGCCGAUAUUAUCAGCUACCCAAUCAUAUCAAACAACUCUAUUCCCAACGGAAGUAAAUAGAGUUAGAUUUUUCCAGUACACUCGUGGACACAAUUAAUAGUAAUACAGUGGGGCAAAUAAGUAUUUAGUCAACCUAAUUGUGCAAGUUCUCCCACUUGAAAAUAUUAGGGAGGCCUAAAAUUUAUAUUAUUAAUACCCUUCUUUUGGCAAUAACGGAGUCCAAACGUUUUCUGUACCUCUUCACAAGCUUUUCACACACUGUUGCUGGUAUUUUGACCCAUUCCUCCAUGCAGAUCUCCUCUAGAGCAGUGAUGUUUUGGGGCUGUAGUUGGGCAACACGGACUUCCAACUCCCUGCACAGAUUUUCUAUGGGGUUGAGACCUGGAGACUGGCUAGGCCACUCCAGGACCUUGAAAUGCUUCUCACGAAGCCACUCCUUUGUUGCCCUGGCUUGCUGAAAGACCCAGCCAUGUCUCAUCUUCACUGCCCUUGCUGAUGGAAGGAGAUUUUCACUCAAAAUCUCUCGAUGCAUGGCCCCAUUCAUUCUUUCCUUUACACAGAUCAGUCGUCCUGGUCCCUUUGCAGAAAAACAGCCCCAAAGCAUGAUGUUUCCACCCCCAUGCUUCACAGUGGGUAUGGUGCUCUUCGGAUGCACUUCAGUAUUCUUUCUCCUCCAAACACGAGAACCUGUGUUUCUACCGAAAAGUUCUAUUUUGGAUUCAUCUGACCAUAACACAUUCUCCCAGUCCUCUUCUGCAUCAUCCAAAUGCUCUCUAGCGAACCGCAGACGGGCCUGGAUGUGUACUUUCUUCAGCAGGGGAACACGUCUGGCAGUGCAGGAUUUAUGUCCCUGACUGUGGUCCCAGCUCUCUGAAGGUCAUUCAAUAGGUCCCCCCAUGUGAAUCUGGAAUUUUUGCUCACCGUUCGUGUUAUCAUUUUGACGCAGAUUCAGUCAUCCCAGCCUGGUGCAGGUCUACAAUUUUGUCUCUGGUCUCCUUCGACAGCUGGUCUGGGCCAUAGUAGAGUUUGCAGUGUGACUGACUGAGGUUGUGGACAGGCGUCUUUUAUACUGAUAAUGAGUUAAAACAGGUAGCAUUAAUACAGGUAACGAGUGGAACCUCGUUAGACUUCGUUAAAAGAAGUUAGACCUCUUUGACAGCCAGAAAUCUUGCUUGUAUGUAGGUGACCAAAUACUUACUUUCCACCCUAAUUUGGAAAUAAAUUCUUUAAAAAUCAAACAAUGUGAUUUUCUGUAUUUUUUUUCCACAUUCUGUCUCUCAUGGUUGAGGUUUACCCAAUUACAGGCCUCUCUAGUCUUUUCAAGUAGGAGAACUUGCACAAUUGGUGGUUGACUAAAUACUUAUUUGCCCCACUGUAAUAAUUCAGAUUUUUAUUGAUCUUAAUUCAAUGAGUAAUGUGGCUUCAAAAGUAAACACAGCCACAACAAUUGAAGAACGUGAGAAGGGUGCGCAGCCUUCGCCCCCAGUGCGUCUAUUUUAAGUAGGUGAUAAAUGAGGCACAAUGUAUUCUCAAUUCAGUACUCCAUGAGGAGUUUGACCUCCUUCCAUCUGGACACACACAAAACAAGGACACAGCGAGCACGUGUCACAUUUUUUUUUUGUUUUUAUUGACAGGCUCAGUUUGCGAAGCUAGCUUUAGUCUCAGAACGCAUUAUAGUCGUAUAUUAUAUACAUUGCAGCGGAGCGAUAAACACAUUUGAAGACAGUGAACAUGAUGUUCCUGUCCUUUCUGACGCACAAAAUACCUUCCGCACAACACUUUGUUCUGUUUUUAGUGUAAUCAUUACAGCCAUCAAUCCACAUAUCGGUCACAUAGCUGAAAAGAACUCUCGUAUACACUAAAUGUCAAGCAGUGUAUUCUCAAUGCUGCACUUCGAUUGGCUGACAAAGAACACACCCCUGUUUCUCACCUGACACACCUCCGUUGAAAGGCACUACAUCUACUUCCAUGCAGUCAUUAAUAACACAAAUUCUAGUUAAACCUUUCAAGACUCCGCAUAAUUUUUUUUUUUUUUUAAGCGUUUUUUUUUUACAGUGUGUACAGUAGUGCACAACAUCACUCCUGCUUGCAAUAACUGCCAUGUGAUUCCCACGGAUCCGAUUUCGGAACGCUUUAAGAUGCCGCACGCUCCUUCUCGGUAGCUUGUUGUAUUGUGAAACGUGCAAUUUAAUCCUGUUUGGCUAAGGCGCCCAGUGUUUGUCUAUCAGCUGGAGAAGGUCUGUCUAUCAAAAGGCGUGUACUGCUGCUCUCCUGUGAUCCACGAAUCGUUCCGUUCAACCAAUCCUGCAGUCGACUCAAUAGCGAUGGACAAACUAGUGAGAUUUGGGAAGCAGUUACUGAGGGUCAAGGUGGUGGACUGUAACACAGAGGAUUCCCGCCUGUCGAGAUGCCUCAACACAUUGGACCUAGUGGCACUGGGAGUGGGGAGCACGCUGGGGGCUGGUGUCUACGUCCUCGCGGGUGCUGUCGCCAGGGAGAAUUCAGGUCCCGCCAUCGUACUGUCUUUCCUGAUAGCAGCUUUAGCAUCAGUCCUAGCCGGCUUGUGCUAUGCUGAAUUCGGAGCUCGUGUUCCCAAGACGGGCUCGGCUUAUCUUUACUCUUAUGUGACUGUCGGGGAACUCUGGGCCUUCAUAACUGGAUGGAACCUCAUCCUCGCUUAUAUCAUCGGCACGGCGAGUGUGGCCAGAGCAUGGAGCGCUACCUUUGAUGAAUUAAUAGGGAAGCGGAUAGAGGAGUUCUGCCGAGGGUACAUGCACAUGAAUGCGCCGGGAGUACUGGCGGAAUACCCUGAUUUAUUUGCUGUUGUCAUUAUUAUCACCCUCACGGGUCUGUUGGCAUUUGGAGUGAAAGAAUCUGCAAUGGUCAACAAGGUUUUUACAUGUAUCAACAUGCUUGUCCUGUUGUUCAUGGUGGUCUCUGGCCUUGUCAAAGGUACUUUGAAGAAUUGGUACCUGGACCCUGAUGAAAUCCUACAUGCCAGUAAUAGUAGUAACUCAAGUUACAAUUUUACAGACUUCUUACCAACGAGAGAGGAACUUGGUGUUGGUGGCUUCAUGCCAUUUGGUUUCACAGGCGUCCUGUCUGGAGCUGCUACCUGUUUCUAUGCUUUCGUUGGAUUUGACUGCAUAGCAACCACAGGAGAAGAAGCAAAGAACCCCCAGCGAGCCAUCCCAAUCGGCAUUGUGUCGUCACUGCUCAUCUGCUUUGUGGCGUACUUCUGCGUUUCGGGUGCACUCACUCUCAUGAUGCCUUACUACCUGCUCGACAGCAAUAGCCCCCUGCCGGUCGCUUUUAAGUAUGUGGGCUGGGAUGGAGCCAAAUAUGCCGUGGCUGUCGGCUCCCUUUGUGCACUGUCCACAAGUCUACUGGGCUCUAUGUUUCCAAUGCCCCGUGUCAUCUGGGCUAUGGCUGACGACGGGCUGCUUUUCCAGUUCUUGGCCAAGAUCAGCCCGCGCAGCAAAACCCCGCUAACUGCAACCCUCACCUCAGGCAUGGUGGCAGCUAUCAUGGCAUUUCUGUUCGACCUGAAGGAUUUGGUGGACUUAAUGUCCAUAGGUACACUGCUGGCCUACACAUUAGUAGCUGCCUGUGUCUUGGUACUAAGAUACCAACCUGAGCAGACAGGUGUAAUGUAUCAGAUGGCUAACAUGCACGAGGAGAUGGAGCAGAACGAUGGCAGUAUGGGAAUCCUACCCGGCGUGGAGGAGACCUUCCGCUUUAAGACGUUGCUGUUCCCCGACAACCUUGAGCCGUCCUCCCUUUCAGGCUUCACGGUCAACAUCUGUGCCUCUAUUAUGGGCCUGCUGAUCCUACUGUUCAGUGCAUUGGCAGUCCAGGGAGGCUCAGCUACGUGGAACGUUGUGUUUCUCAGUAUCAUCUUCAUCAUGUGCCUCCUCCUCACUUGUAUUGUCUGGAGACAGCCGCAGAGCAAAACAAAGCUCUCUUUUAAGGUUCCGCUGCUUCCCAUUCUGCCGGUGAUCAGCAUGUUUGUUAACGUCUACCUGAUGAUGCAGCUGGACAGAGGCACUUGGAUACGGUUUUCGGUUUGGAUGGUUUUAGGUUUAAUGAUCUAUUUCUGCUACGGCAUCCAUCACAGCGCCGAGGCGACGGCGUCCCGUUCGUCUCCCGAUACGGAGAUGAACGGCUUCAAGCGUGAUUCAGUUUCCACGACGCCCGAAAAGGAGGCCUUCCUUUACAAUGGCAUCGAGGUCAGGGAGGACGACGACGGAGAAUUGUAGGGAGCUUUAUUUUGACCGCGUGUUUAUGUAAUUUGGACUCUAUAUCUCCUAACUAUUAGAGCACGGUUCACAAGAUUGAACGUUGAAAUGAUCACAUUCAAACACAGGACUUGUGAAGCUGCACGCUGCUAUACUGAAUAUUUUUGCUAACGUAUGUUAGCUGUUUUGUAGCUUGUUGCUGACACGAAACCUGUUCAAGUUCCUCGGUGACCAUAAUGUGGGUCAGAUUAUGCUUGCAAAACAGUUGUCAAUGACAUAUUAGAUUUUCUAACAAUGAUACCAACAUAAAUUUGUAUUGAUAGUGUUGGAAAAAUUACCUCUAAAGCGUUAGCAUCGCUAGUUUUUGUCCUUUGUAAAGCAUUCAGUGAAACUUGAUUACAUGAAUAAUAGGGUUGUUCCGAUCAUGUUUUUUUGCUCCCGAUCCGAUCCCGAUCGUUUUAGUUUGAGUAUCUGCCGAUCCCGAUAUUUCCCAAUCCGAUUGCUUUUUUUUUUUUUUUGCUCCCGAUUCAGUUCCAAUCAUUCCCGAUAUUUUUUCCCGAUCAUAUACAUUUUGGCAAUGCAUUAGGAAAAAAAUGAAUAAAACUCGGACGAAUAUAUACAUUCAACAUACAGUAGAUAAGUACUGUAUUUUUUUACUAUGAAAAGAAAUCCUCAAAAUGGCAUUUACAUUAUUAACAUUCUUUCUGUGAGAGGGAUCCACGGAUAGAAAGACUUGUAAUUCUUAACGGAUAAAUGUGACUUUGUAUAUUGUGACUAAAUAUUGCCAUCUAGUGUAUUUGUUGAGCUUUCAGUGAAUGAUACUGCAGCCAUUCAACCAAAAUGCAUGAUGGGAAGUGCAACCAUGACUGCGUAGGGGCACCAAUUGAUAUAUCUUCUCUGCGUUGGGAAAGAACAUAGGGUUAAGAAAAUGAUCAACUACCACCUUUCUUCCUCACAUUGCCUCCCACGUAAAUUUUAAUUGCUGAGAGAGAGAAUGCAAGGCUUUAGCCAUUUAAAAAAAGGCUUCAAAGGCUAUCAAAAUUCUCUCUACUCAUUAUACGCUUCGAUUAGCUCUAUAUAUUGGCAAAACGGCGCCCUUAUGGAUUGAACGCGACAAUGCAUGAGUGGGACGUGCUGCGCAUGCGUUAAUUAUUUAACGUGAUUAAUUAAGAAAAAAUAAUUACCGCCGUUAACGCAAUAAAUUUGAUAGCCCUACUUCAAGCCAAAACUACUCUGGAUGAGUGUAAGAUAUUUUGUCUGUAACGUUAUAUACAAUUAGAAAACGAUUUAAAUUAAAAAAAUAUAUAUAUGUAUAUAUAUAUAUAUAUAUAUAUAUAUAUAUAUAU